UUUCCGUCUACUAUAAUGAUCCAUCUCGAUCGUAACCGCAACGAAAUCGAUUCAGAACAAAAUUCAAAUCUAAUCUUGCCAGAGGAUCAUUCAGCUACUUUCAAUUGGGUCACAGACAUCACUCAUAACGACGGACAUCACAAUUAUUUCGCGAACUCUUUGUCUGACUUGAAUAAUAAUCAUCCCGAGGGUCAGACACUCCAUCCUAUCCCACUUCCAGCUGACGACAAGAGUUCGUCACUUUCACCUCCUCCAGAAUACAAUUCACCUCAAAUUAAACACAAGUCUCCUCCGCAAGCACAAGAACCAGAACAAGAACAAGAAGACGAUGGAGAUGGUUCUUAUUCGAGACAGUUAACACCACUCACAGACCUAUCAGCAGUACCAGAUGGUGAUGAGAGUUUGGAUUUUGAAAAGAAGGAUAGCAGUCCAGCAGAAGUAGAACAAGAGCAGAAUGGUGACCUAAACAGCGCACAAGACAACGCAGAUAAUCGUUGGUCAGAAAAACGUACAAUAAAUGGUACAUCAUCUCCAGUCCGCUCAAUCCCCAGCUCUCCAACAAGAUAUCCAAUCCCAAUACCCGUCCCAGGUCCCUCUCACAGACUUGGUCCAUCAGCAGCUCCUUCUCAUUCAAGACGUCCAUCAAGGGAAAUCGUCUCAAUCAGCCAACUCCCCUCACCAAACUUACCACCAGCAAAAUUAUCUGAUUCCUCUACAGGAGAAACAAAAGUCUUCAGGAUUCUAGAAAUCAACUCGGAGUUGCUAAAAGUCUGUAUGGAGUUUCAGACACGUGGCGUGCCACCGACUGACGCUCGCUUCUCUCAUUUUGCUAAUCGCAUACAAGUCAACUUGACCUGGCUAGCAGCAGCUGCAGAUCAUCAACGAUGUAACGACCCCAGACUCGUAUUGCCCGCAAUGGAUGCUCCUUCUCCUGUCGAAUUCAUAUCAAUGGAUCGAAUACAUCACCUCUACGCCGAUUUACCCACCAUAUUCGCAAAGGAACUCGCACGACGCCAGCUUGCUUCUGGCGCCCAAUACUCUCCUACCACUUCCGCCGCACUCCUAAAUGGUCCUUUAAAGCGCAGCAGACCAGACGACAUGGCAGACCUUAUGAACAAAAGACGCGACAUUGGUGAGACCAAACCCCACUCCAUGCAACCUCACUCCAUGCAACCACCCGCAAUCCCAUCCAUAUCCAUAUCUGGUGCUGGCCAGCGCACCAGUCCCACGUCCUCAUUCCCUCCAUCCAUCCAUCCAAACAUAGCCGUCACCAGCACGCCUGCCAUGCCGCAGAGUCCCCGCACCUCUAGUCCUAUGCCUCCACCAUUGUCUACCCCCUCACUACCCUUCGGCGCCACUGAAGCAUCGAUAGCAGCCACGACACGUGCUCGCGCACGGGAAAUGCAGAUCCACCAAGCACGCGAACAACAACUUCGAGCAGCUCAGAUGCAAAAUCAAAUGCAGUCCGCGCGCCAGAUCUCCCCUCCUGAUUCCUCCCCACGAAUUCCCCAAAAUAUGGGGCCGAGCGCACCGCAACAUCCGCAUACAUCAUAUGGCCACAACGCUUCACCAAUGCAGAUUCUCCAAAAUACCAACCAUCCCCUGAUGACGUAUCUCAUGUCCCAAAUCCCUAACUUCACAUCUUUACCGUUACCUCAACAGGUGCAGAAGCUCACGAGCUUUCAGAACAUUCUGGCGCAGAAGCAGCAACAGAAUCCGCCCAAUCAGCAACAACGCCCCCCUAUGCCUGGUCAAAUGCCCGGUCUAGGUCAGAACCCCUCCAUGUCACCCAUGCCCAACGCCCCCAUGCAAAGCAGCGGUCCAAGCCCCGUAUCUCCCCUAGGCCAGCAAUCACCCGUCUCAUCUCAAUCCCAACAACAAAUGAGCGCCCAAUCCCAGCAAGCCGGCAUGUAUCCAUUCAAUAAUCAAGGCCACAACGCACCUAGCGUAGACCCCCGCAUAGCAGCGUCCAAUUUCACACAGCAAAUGCCGGGCAACAUGGGCGCCAUGAACCUAAAUCAACAACGACAGCUCAUGCUCAUGCAGCAGCAAAUGCGGAAUUCCAGCGGGAACAUGAACAUGAAUGCUUCGAACCUCAUGAACCCACAGCAGGCGUUUGCGAUGCAGCAGCAACAGCAGCAGCAGCGGGGAAUGCCCCAGGGUGGUCCGUCUCAAGGGGGCUCACCCAUGUCUGCCCCUGCGAAUGAUACCUUCCCCGCAUUGCGCUCGAAUUCGACGAUUCCAGGAAUUGCGAGGAGUGGGCGGUCACCUUCUGAGAGCGUACAUUCGCCCAUGACACCUCGGGCACCGUCGAGGCUUUCGUCGCAGCCUCCUAUGCAGCCUGAAGAUUUCCAGCGGGCAAUGACGCAGCAGGCACAACCGGGCAUGAUGGGGACGCAACAGAAUGCUGGCUCAUUCCAUCCGCAGGUGCAGUAUCAUCAGUGGCAGAAUGGCCAACAGCAGCAGCAGCAGCAACAGCAGCAGCAGCAGCAACAACAGCAGCAGCAGCAGCAGCAGCAGCAGCAACAGCAACAGCAGCAACAGCAACAGCAACAACUGUCGCUCGGAGGGCAAAUGAACGGGUUUGGGAUGAACCCCCAUGGAGGAGCAGGAGCAACGAACAGCCCCUACGGCGGCACCAUCUCACCAUCCGGAGGGCCUAACUGGCAACAGCAAAGCAUGAACGGAUAUUACCCCCAAAGCAACCAACGACCUCCAAACAUCACCAUGCAACAAACCAUCAGUCCCAUAGGAGACACGAGCACAGCAGGAGAAUACGAUAUAUUUAAUUGGAAUGGUCCAUGAAGGUGUUCUGUUCUGGUUCUGGGUCCUAGGAGUUGGGACGCUGAUUAUCACUUCGAUAUUAUUUUAUUAUUUGUUUUUCGCGGCUCCAUCAGAGGCUGUUUUCGAGCGUUUUACAUUUUUACAUUUAACCCUCACACACGUCGCUUUCGAUGCUACUGUACGUUCUGAUUUUUUUCGGUUUCAUAGUUUUUCUUUCUUUCUUUUCUUUUUUUUUACUACAUCCCUGCCCUGUUCUGGAGUCGUGUCUGUAUUUUGUAGAAGCCUUUUUUUCUAUGAAUUCUGAUCGGAUGAAGGUCCGGGGCAGGACUGUUAUAUUUUUGUUGGACGGUGCUAUUACAGUAUUAAUAUAUAGGCUAUCCGAGUC